GGCGCGCGGCGCCAGGCGCAGGCCCCCACCGGAGGUGGCGGCGGCGACGCCUGAUGGAGGCUCCGACCCUCCGGUAACCGGAGCGGGGGGCACCAUGGCUUCGGCCCCCGCGGGGCAGGAGCGCUGCCCGCACUGCCACAAGCCCUUCAAGCGGCUCCGCUCCCACCUCCCCUACUGCAAAGCGGCGCCGAGCGCAGCCGCCGGCGGCACCGGUAAGAGCGGUAAGAAGCCGCCCGGCCCCAGCGAGGAGGGGAAGAAGAAGAAGAAGAAGGAGGCGGCGGCGGCGGCCGGGCAGAGCGGAGGGGCCGUCGCGGAGCGGAAGGUGGAGGCCGCGGUGGAGGAGUUGGCGAGGGCGCUGGAUGUGCUGCCCGAGGAGGUGAAGGAUGUACCCGGAGACCUGGGACGUGGCGUGGAAAUAGUGAUCGAGAGGCACCGCGCCCGCGUGGUCCGCGGGGAGAGCGGCCCCGCAGCCUCGGCCGGGGGGCGCGGAGCGCAGCGGGCAGCGCCCGACGGGACAAGCGGUGCCGGGAGCUCGCAGGCGGGGCCGCGCAGCGCUGGAGCUGGGGGGAAGGCGUCUGCGGGCUCGAAGGGAGGAAAAGGCAGUUUAAAGGCAACAAAACCAGGUGUAGUUGAAGAUGCCCCCGGAGGCAGCAGCAGCAGCGGCCCCAGUGAGCUUGUUCAGCAGGAGGGAACAGGGAGAACCGUGGUGGAAGAGAAGCGGGUGCUCCUAGAAGUUGGUGUGGAGCAUAAAGCCCCUCUUUCUGCUUUGCAUAGCAAGAACCUCCAUCUGUCAGCGGCGGAGGCUCUCAGAGGUCACAGCGAAGAGACAUCCAAAAAUUACCUAAGCAGCACGCAAAAGCCGAGGGAGAGCAAGGAGCAGAUGGUGUCUGAGCCCAUCCUGAAGGCAAGGAGGGAUGCUGAGCUGGCGCUGCACCAGCCCAUGCUCCACACCUUCCAAAGGCAUCCCAUCUGCCUGCCCCAGGCCCCUGGUGGGAGCACGCAGGCAGGGGCCCUGGGCUUGGAGUGGUUUCCAGCAUUACGUCCUAAUUACGAUGGGCUGAGUGUUUUUCCAGGGAAGCCUUUCCAUGAGGAUGUGGGGAUCACAACAAAGACACCAACGGGCAAUUUCUCACAGGGGCAGCAAGGUCCCCUCUUGGAAAGGCGCCUGAUGGAUGUGAGGCUGGGGGAGCUGCCCCUGUGGGUGACCACCCGUGACUUCUCCCUCCAUGGGCUGCUUGGAGGAGCACAGAGAGCCUGGAACAGCUACUACAACAAAUACAUCAACGUGAAGAAGGGUGGACCAGCCGGGGUCUCCAUGCUGCUGGCUGGGUACUGCCUCCUCAGCUAUGCCUGGAACUAUCAGCACAUCAAGUGUUAUCGCUGGCGUAAAUACCACUGAAGCCACUGGAACAGCACCCAGGGAGUGUCAGGAAUCCCUCACUGGGAGGCAGCAGAAGAGCUCAGACCAGUGUCCCAGCAGGGACUCAAAUCAGCAGAGGUCAGAGAUGGGUGCUUUCAUUGCAGAGGGGCUGCUUUUCAGUUGCCUCCCUGGAGGCAGAGCUGAUGCUGACAGUGCUUGCGGUCGCUGCAGGCAGCUUUUAGUACUGAAAGAAGAAAGCAUUAGAGCCACCCUGGGAGGUCAGGGUGCAGCAGAGCUCCUGGAGUCUGCAGAAGCCUAAAUCUCUUGCUUUGGGACACCAGGCACAGGACAACUCCCGGACCUGGGCUGCUACUAUAGAUGAAUGGACAUGUAUGUUGUAGUCUGAGUGAUAGAAGGUUUGUGAUAGGUUGUGGCAGGGUGGGCUUCACCCAGAAUAACUGUUCCCUUUAAGUUAGAGCCUAUCUUUUACUUACCCUAUGGGGUUCAGCAGGAAAAGGGGGGUUCCUGCAGGGCCCUUCCACAAAGAGCCCCCCAGCCCUGCUUCACUGUCAGCACAGCACUGCUGGGACUGCCAGGCUCUGAGGGAAGGGAGAAGCCCUGAGAGCAGCAGCACUCACACCACAGCUCCCUAUUUCUGGAGGAAGGGAAGAAAACAAUCCAUUGGCUUAGCUGUUGUGCCCAAAGGGCAAAGCCGUGUCUGCACCAGACAGACGAGGACAGUUAGCAGAGUGCUAGUUGUAGCCUGCCAUUGCCAAACAUGUCUGGAAAAGGGUUGGUCAUGCUACAGGCAUGAAGGGUAAAAAACAGAAGCCAAGUUAGAAGGAAUCCAAAACUCUUUAUUCAGAGCGUGGUGCAGUUGUGCUGUGCCGGGGGGGUUUCACCACUCGCUCCCUCCCUCCCUCCCUCUCACCAGCAAUAAAAGCUUGUGUGAUUUUGCCUUUCC